CUAGCCCGCAGGCGCAGGCGCAGGGCAGGGCCCCCCAACUUGGGUGACGGAGGGGGCGUGUCGCAGCGCCCAAAGAUGACGUGUUCUUCUAGCGCCACGUCGUGAGGAAGUGCCGGCCCACUGAAGCGGUGGGGACGCGCCCGGCGGAGCGAAUCAGAUUACCUGGCUGGUGUUUAGUUGUUCUGGGGUGAUCUUCUGACUGGAAAAGAACUAUGUCAUGGAUCAAGGAAGGAGAGCUGUCACUUUGGGAGCGGUUCUGUGCCAACAUCAUAAAGGCAGGCCCAAUGCCGAAACACAUUGCAUUCAUAAUGGACGGGAACCGUCGCUAUGCCAAGAAGUGCCAGGUGGAGCGGCAGGAAGGCCACUCACAGGGCUUCAACAAGCUAGCUGAGACUCUGCGGUGGUGUUUGAACCUGGGCAUCCUAGAGGUGACGGUCUACGCAUUCAGCCUUGAGAACUUCAAACGCUCCAAGAGUGAGGUAGACGGGCUUAUGGAUCUGGCCCGGCAGAAGUUCAGCCGCUUGAUGGAAGAACAGGAGAAACUGCAGAAGCAUGGGGUGUGUAUCCGGGUCCUGGGCGAUCUGCAUUUGUUACCCUUGGAUCUCCAGGAGCUGAUUGCACAAGCUGUACAGGCCACAAAGAACUACAACAAGUGUUUCCUGAAUGUCUGUUUUGCAUACACAUCCCGUCAUGAGAUCAGCAAUGCUGUGAGAGAGAUGGCGUGGGGGGUGGAGCAAGGCCUGUUGGAUCCCAGGUAUCCCGAGUUGUUUUGCAUGGUAAUUACUAAGGAAAACAAGCCUGGGUCAGCAUAGCAGCUCAUGCCUGUAAUCCCAGCACAUUAGGAGGCCUAGGUGGGCAGUCC